AUGUCUGACCAACUCCCAAGCAAGGGUGUCCAAGCUGAAAUCAUGAAGAGAAAUGCUGCUGCUGAAGAAGAAGAAAAACAGCCAAUUCCUUGUCUCAGUCUCAAUCUCAAUCUCUUCAAUGACCGCAACAGCAAUGGCGCUGCGCCUAGGAGAGAACUCAAUCUAUUGGGUCAUCCUCCUCCUCCUGCUCCUGCUUCUACUUCUAUAGUCAUCAAUGAACCCGGAAAUGAAGUUCCGGGUAAUUUGAGGGCUUCUGGUGGUCAGGAUGGGAGAAGCUUUGGUUGCAAGUACUGCACCAAGAGAUUCACCAACUCGCAAGCGCUUGGCGGGCACCAAAAUGCCCACAAGCGCGAGCGAAUGCUGGAGAAAAGGAAAAAGGGAAUGAAGAUGGCGUUAGGGCUAAUCGAUCAUUACCCUAAUUUUGAUUUCUUCCCUUAUCAUCAUCCAUCUAUGGUUGCUCCAGUUUUCCCACCUCCUUUUGCUUUCAACAGGUCAUCUUCUCUUGGUGUUAACAUGAACUCCAUGAUCCACAAACCCUACCCUUCUUCCUUUAACCCUAAUGGCCAUGGACAUGGAUAUGGUGGCUACAAUGGGUUCCAAGGACCUGCUGCUUCAUUCUUAAAUCAUCAUAUCCCCAUGCAUGAUGGCCAUUGGGCUCCCACCGCUGCAAAUCCAUCGCUUGCGGCUAUGUCAUCUGCCGGCUUCAAUCGCAGAGAUCUUCAGUUUGGGAAUAAUUCAGAGGGUGGUGCUUAA